UUUCGCUUGCACCCCUGGUAUCGCACAUCUCAAAAAAUUGUUUUUUCACGAGAAAUUGUGCCUGUUUAUAAAUUUUUUUUAAUUUAUGGCGGACCAAUUAAUCAACGAAGGCGACCAGCCAGCGCCACUGAUGUCCAUACGCCUCGACCAACAACAUGACGACAAUGCGGCGACAGCGAUCAAUGGGAAUGGUAAUGGCAGUGUAGUGGAUGCACCCGGCGACGAUGCUGAGGACAGUGUUGAUGGUGAGAAACCGGCCACUGAAUUGGUUCUGCCCAAGGCUCUGGAGGACGUGCUGGCCCUGAAGGACCAAAGAGUGGCCGAAUUUGACGUGGAUGCCGAUUCCCUGGGUGGCAGCGGGGGAGGAGCUCUGCAGGACGGCGAUGACGCCGAUGUGGGGGAGGACAGUGAUGAUGAUGCUGUGAACCAGGUGAAUGGCACUGGCGGUGAUAAGACGGGAAAGCAGAGCAAAGCGGAAAAGAACAAAAAGAAAAAACGCCGCAAGAAGCAAAAUAGGAAAAUACGGCAGCUUUUGGAGUACGAGAGACAACAGCAGUUGGCCCACGUAGAUGAGGCCGGAGCAGAGCCGGAGGUCACAGAGCCAGUGGCUGAGGAGGCUAAAGCGCCGGCCAGUGACGAAGAGCAGGAGAGGCAAGAGAAGGAUAGUAGAAAGGACAAGCAUAGAGAGAGUCGCAGCAGGAAAAAGAAGGAUCGCAGCGAUGAGAAGGAAAAGGAAAAGAAGCUCGCAGAGGGCAGCAAACUUGACGUAACCAUUGAGUAUGUGCCUGAGAAGAUAACCAUUGCAGAUCUGGCGCCCAUGUAUCGCCAGUUCUACAGAGUCUUUGAACUCUUCAAGUUGGAAAAUAAACCGAAGCCUGUGGAAAAGGACAAGUUGGCCCUGGACUCGGAGACGGUGGCUAAGGCUAAAAAGGCCGCAGACAAGCUGCAUGAUGACGACGACGAUGAUGGCGACGAGGACGAAGAAAAGGAGGACAAGGAGAAAUUAUCCAAAAGAAAGCUCAAGAAGUUGACGCGUCUCAGUGUGGCGGAACUUAAGCAAUUAGUCUCCCGUCCCGAUGUCGUUGAGAUGCACGACGUGACGGCUCGUGAUCCCAAAUUGCUGGUCCAACUGAAGGCCUACCGGAACACAGUGCAAGUGCCUCGACAUUGGUGCUUCAAGCGGAAAUAUCUGCAGGGGAAGCGUGGCAUUGAGAAGCCACCAUUCGAUCUGCCAGCCUUUAUCAAGAAGACGGGCAUCAUGGAGAUGCGAGAGUCGCUCCAAGAGCGCGAGGACGCCAAGACGCUCAAGGCAAAGAUGCGUGAACGUGUGCGUCCAAAGAUGGGCAAGAUUGACAUUGAUUACCAAAAACUGCACGAUGCCUUCUUCAAGUGGCAGACAAAGCCCCGCAUGACCAUCCAUGGCGAUCUCUACUACGAGGGCAAGGAAUUUGAGACGCGACUUAAAGAGAAGAAGCCGGGCGAUCUAUCCGAAGAGCUGCGCAUUGCUCUGGGCAUGCCGGUGGGGCCCAACUCGCACAAGAUUCCGCCGCCAUGGUUGAUUGCCCAGCAGCGCUACGGACCGCCGCCAUCAUAUCCGAAUCUGAAAAUUCCUGGACUCAAUGCGCCCAUUCCAGAGGGUACAUCGUUCGGUUACCAUGCAGGCGGCUGGGGUAAGCCGCCCGUCGAUGAGAACGGCAAGCCCUUGUAUGGUGAUGUAUUUGGCACCAGUAUAUUGGACUUGGAUAACGGCAUCGAUGAGGCUGACAUCGAGCGCAAUCAAUGGGGCGAACUGGAAUCAGAGUCGGAGGAGUCCUCCGAAGAGGAGGAGGAAGACGGUGAAGAUCUCGGCGAUCAGCAGGAUGAAACUGGUCUGGUUACCCCGGUCGAGGGUCUUGUGACACCAUCAGGGCUGACCAGUGUGCCAGCCGGCAUGGAGACGCCCGAGAACAUUGAACUACGUAAAAAGAAAAUUGAAGCUGAAAUGGAGGACAAUGAAACCCCCGUACUGUAUCAAGUGCUGCCGGAGAAGCGCACAGACCGCAUAGGCGCUUCCAUGAUGGGAUCGACGCACGUCUAUGACGUUAGUGGUGGUGGAAUGGCCAACAAACAGCCUGCAGCUCGCACCACAACGGAUCGUGAGGGCAUUGUGGAAUUGGCCCUGGAUCCCAGCGAAUUGGACAUGGACAAUGACGCCAUGGCCCAGCGGUACGAGCAACAGAUGCGCGAGCAACAGAAUCACCUGCAGAAGGAGGAUCUAUCGGAUAUGUUGGCCGAGCAUGUGGCACGCCAGAAAUCGAAGCGCAAGCGACAGCAAACGGAUCCGGCAAAGGCCACAAAGAAGUACAAGGAGUUCAAGUUUUAGUUUUAAAUCUUCUACAAUAAAAAACUAAUUUUCCAUUUGUGCUUCAUGAAUGUCAUUAAAAAUAGUAACUAA